ACGCGGUGGCGGGCGGCGGGUGUCCGCAGCCAGGUGUGCCCGGCCGGUGCCAGCGCUUCGUUAGCCCGCUGUGGCCGCUGCGCUGCCCGGCUCGCCACCAUGACCGUCACACGGCUCGACCAGGGGCAACGCCACCGCCCGCGGAUGGCCUUCCUGAAAAAGAUCGAAGCACUUAUGAUGGAGAUGCAGAAUCCAGACACAGGCAUCAAGACACAGACGCAGAAGGUGAUGAUCACGAACAUCCCCCAUGCUGUGACAGGUAACGAUAUACUGCAGUGGAUUCUCCAGCGCUUGCAGAUCACUGAGGAAGAGGCACUCCACCUGGGAGACCUGUUUGUCAAAUAUGGAUACAUCUACCCUCUUCAGGAGCCCAAGAAUCUCACCCUUAAGACAGAUGGCAGCCUGUACAGGUUUCAAACUCCCUAUUUCUGGCCUGCACAGGGCUGGCCUGCUGAUGACACAGACUAUGCAAUUUACUUGGCAAAGAAGAACAUAAAGAGGAAAGGGAUUUUAGAAGAAUAUGAAAAGGAACAUUACAACAUGCUCAAUCAAAAAAUAAACUACAAGUGGGAUUUUGUUAUUAUGCAGGCCAAGGAGCAGUAUAAGGCAGGGAAGGAACGGAAGAAGGCAGACAGGUACGCCUUGGACUGCCAGGAGAGAGCCUACUGGCUUGUGAACAGAACACCUCCCGGCAUGCUGGACGCCCUGGAGUACGGGUUAGACCGUGUAACGGAUCCCAAUGAAAAUAAGAAAAAAACGAUUGAUGUUUACAGGAGAGAGAUCAUGUACUAUCAGCAGGCCAUCAUGAAGUCCAGAGUGAAAUCCUCUGUCUCUCUCGGAGGGCUUGUGAAGUACUCUGAGCAGUUCCUCUCCAAUGACCCUAUCCUGUCUGGAUGUCUCCCCAGCAACCCCUGGAUAACAGAUGACCCAGAGUUCUGGGAUCUCAAUGCAAAACUGGUGGAAAUCCCCACCAGAAUGCGUGUGGAGCGAUGGGCCUUCAAUUUCAGUGAGCUGAUCCAGGACCCCAAAGGUCGGCAGAACUUCCAGCUCUUCCUGAAGAAGGAGUUCAGCGGAGAGAAUCUGAGUUUCUGGGAAGCCUGUGAGGAUCUCAAGUAUGGAGAUCAGUCCAAGGUCAAAGAAAAAGCAGAAGAAAUUUACAAGCUCUUCCUGGCUCCAGGAGCAAGGCGCUGGAUUAACAUUGAUGGCACAACAAUGGGCAUCACAGUCAAAGGCCUCAAACACCCUCAUCGAUAUGUUUUAGAUGCUGCUCAGACCCACAUUUACAUGCUGAUGAAAAAGGACUCCUAUGGCCGCUAUUUAAAGUCUCCAGUAUACAAGGAAAUGCUGGCCAAGGCCAUUGUGCCACAGGAGACUGUCAAAAAAAGCUCUGCGUUCUCCUUCGGACGCCGUCACCUUCCCUCCAGCCCCAGCCCCAUCAUCCUGAGGCAGCGGGAGGAAGAGGCCAAAGCCAAAGAAGCUGCCACCACCGUGGACAUCACGCAGGUCAUGAGCAAGCUGGAUCGUAGGAGCCAGCUCAAGGAACCUCCCAAGUAGGCUCUGAGCCCCUGAGGGCACAGAGCGCAGGGAAAAGACAAGCUGAGGCUGGCGUUGAGCUUCGUCUCCCCUUCCUGAAGGUGUCAGUGGUGCUUUAGGUUUCCCAGGCCGGCUCUGCCUACAGCCCGCUUCCUGCACGUUGCCAUGGCUUCUGGAGCAGCAGAUGUCCCUUCCCUGGCACGGCAGCCUCGGGAGUGCAGGCAGAGGGGGGCAGGAGCCCGGCUCCCUCCCCGCACACCUCGGAGGGGGAGUGCCUUCUGCCUGCCCCAGGACCCCUCCUCGGAGGCUGGGCAGCCCAUCCACCUCUCCCUGGCUCCUGCUCCUCCAGGAGGUGGGAUGGCACAGAGCAGAGUGAAGCUCUGCCCUCCCAGUCCUUUGGAUUCGAAUCAUCCUUCCUGGGAGUAGAGGUGGAUGGCCCUGCAGGGAGCAGGGGGAGCUGCCCACCUCAGAGCUGUCCACAGUGGUGCCCAUCCUCUCAGAGGGGCUGUGCACCCUGCCAAGGGGUGAUCCUGGGCGUCCCCUGGCAGGAAGACACCCCUCAUUCAAGUAUCCUGCACCUUCUAGCCAGUGCAAGGGAGCCCACAGGCAGAAAACCAGAGUGAGUUUCCUAUGAGAAGGGUAGGGUGAGUGUUUCUGAAGGUUUAGUUGAUCCUUUGAAUGUUAAUGACACUCCCAGUUCUCCCUGGGACGUUGGGGGUGAUCAGAAGGCUCUGCUCUCCCUGUCAGCCUGUGGGUGCUGGGUGUGCAGGUGCAGAGCCAUCUCCACACCAGUCUGCAGGACGGGCUUGAGAGAUGCAGCUGUGGCUUUGGGUUCCUUUUAUCAAAUCCAUCCUUGCCUCUUGUCUUGUCUUUUUCCUGCACUCCUAUUUUCUGUUGUCAAAAACACCUACCAGGAGGUAUUUCCAGUUGUCACUGGCUUGUAGCCCAGAGGCAAGGGAGAAGCAGGCCAGAGGUGUUGAGAACUGAUUUCAGCUCUCAGUAGUGCUUUGGGUUCUUUUUUUUUCCCUUGCUCUGUCUCUUUUGCUCUUUAGAAUGAGGCAACCUAAAAUACCAUGUUAGUGCUGAAGAGCUGAGGGAGAUUCCAGGCUUUGCUGGGAAACCCCAGUGUGUCUGGAGCAGACCAGUGAUUACCACAAGUGGGAAGAUUCCUGCAGAGCCCGGUAAAGGGAACUGCGGGGGCAGCAAAGCUUCCUCGUGUCUUCAAGUGCAGGGGAAGCAGAGGGGCUGGGUGGGAAGCACUGAGCGCUGGGAAGCUCUUCCUAUUGUUCAUUGGUGUGACUCCCCAGGAAGUGUGAGAUGGAGGAAGAUGGCAGUGGGAGCCUGGAGCUGUGUCUGAGCAGCUUUGCACAGCAGUUGGUGCCCUCCCUGAGGCAGAACCAGGGCUGUGGUCUGGUCUGGGAUGGCUGCACAAGUCUCCUCCCCUUUGCAGCUGAAGGAGGGAGGUUUUCAUGACCUCUGGUAACCCAGCAGUGGUUAAGGCCUUUUAGAGGAAUUGGAACUAAGUUGCAGGAGUCUCCAGCUCUCAUGUCAGGGUCUGCUUGGUAAGUCUCUGCACCUAUUCCCAGUGGAAGCAAUGGCGAAUUUUGCAGUUCCCUAAGGCUGAGCAGCUUCAGACCCUUUUGUUUUGCUGUUGUUUUAAAUUCUGCUUAAAGCCUUGAGGCUUUUCUCCAUCAGGUACUGAGCACCAUCAGCCUACCUUGACAUGAGAGCACUGAGCAACUCAAGAGCUUGGUAGGGCUGGUCCAAAGCUCCUCAGAUGUGAUGAGCUCUAGAGUCUCCUCAGAGCCUGUGUGACAUGGAGCCCUGAGCAGGUUGGGAUUGCCAGUAUGUAGUAACAUGUGGAAGAUCAAGUCAAGGUAUAAAUAAUAAAUAACAAACCUGUGUGUUCCAGUCAGUCCCUCUGAUUCUACUUCUGUUUUGUCUGCAGCUUUGCUUUUUAUGUUCUCUCUAUCCAUUCCUUUCUCUGAUUUCUCAUCAUGUCAGCUUUGCGUGGCUCUCCCCCUGACAUGGGUUAAUGCUGCAUGCUCUGGAGUCACUCUGCUUGUGAAACACCCACCCUACUGGUGCAGGCAGAAGCUGGCUGUUCUGCUAAUGGGCUGGAUAAACUGUCAUGACCCAGUGUGUACCACUCCUUGCUGCUCAGUCCCUGAAGAGGAAGGUCUCCUGGUACAAAGUGUGACCACGGUACAAACUGAACUUCACUUUGUGCCAGCCAAGAAAUUGUUUGUUUCCAUUGGAAACCAGAGCAACAUGUUGUUUCAUUUCUUGGCCACUGCUUCCCUGCAUUCAUC